AUGGAAGAACCGUCAAAUUUUAAUGCCGGAGACGUCAACUGCCAUGCUGUUAGUUCGAGCGGCAACAAUCUUAUUAUAUCAGGAGUACUAUUAGCUAGUAAUGACGACCUAAAAAACAAUAGUCAAACUCAUUUUACAGAAAAUCUAGCUAUUGCUGACAAUAUUAACAUUGAGGUAGGAAGUGUUAGCGAAACAGAAUAUACGGCACGUCAAAAUAGAAAAAGGGAAGCUAGACAGAAGAAGAAGGACAAAGAAAAAGAAGCUUAUGAUUUCACAGUAGACUUGCAGGCGGUUUUGUUGCCACCGAAAUCGAAGGUGAGUACUUUGCACUACAGAACAUUUGCUUCAAUUUGGGUAUAUUUUCUAAAAGAAUCAGUUAUACCAAGUGCUCUACAUGACGGUGCCAAAAUAAUUUUAUAUACUGAUGGCUGCAGCUACCAGACUUGUAAUGCCGUUAUGGCAAAUGCUUUACUAAAUUUAGCUGCCACUAAGAACAUCGCUAUUGAACAAAAAUAUUUGGAAUCUGGCCAUACUCAAAUGGAAGCAAAUAGUAUGCAUUCUACAAUUGAAAAGCAUGUACGUGAUAAAGUCAUCAACAUGUCAGCGAAAUACGUCACUGUAAGAUGGCUCGAAAAAAUCCGAAACCAUAUAAUGCAAAUUUUAGUAAAUCUCAUUUGUAUUAUUACAGAUAUAGUGGGCUGUUUCAAUUUACCUCACAAAAAUUCGCCACUGCAGAAAACACCAGAAAGUCCAGAACUUCUUAAAACUAAGUUUUAUCUGUAUACUAGAAGCACAGAUUUUAAUGAGCCAGAAGUUCUAUAUUACGACGAUAAUGAUCAAUCAUUAAAUGGUUCAUCCUUUAGAAUAUCUGGUCCGCUAAAAGUGGUGGUUCAUGGAUACAUGAGUAAGUGGAAUGAAAAAGCUGCGAUGAUUAUAACGAAUUCAUAUUUAAAAAUGUACGACUGCAACGUUAUUUUGAUGGACUGGCAUAUGGGUGCCCGAGGACCACAUUAUCCCGUAGCUGCAGCAAAUACAGAAUUAGUGGGGCGGCAACUUGGCAUACUAUUAACAAACAUGGUAAAAAAAGGUUUGGAUCCACGUAGCAUUCAUCUCAUUGGAUUCUCUCUAGGAGCCCAUGUCUCAGGAACUGCUUCAGAAAGUUUAAAAGAUAAAGGAUACUUGCUAGGAAGAAUUACUGGUCUGGAUCCAGCAAGUCCACUUUUUAGGAAUAACUAUUUACGAGAAAACUACAAAAAAUUAGAUAGAAGCGAUGCCAAAUUUGUAGACGUAAUUCAUACGGAUUCGAGUCCUUUUGUAACUGACGGUUUUGGAAUAUGGGAUCCCAUAGGACAUGUUGACUUUUUCCCCAAUGGAGGCCAGGAUCAACCAGGAUGUAAUGAUGUAAGAGAUUCCAUCGUUGUCUCACAUUUUGGUACCCAAUUGCAAGCAAUAAUUGAAUUGUCAGAUAAAAAUGGACCUUUAAAAGGAAUCUUAAAACUACAAUUAACUUCCAAAAAUAUUUCUUGGGACUUCCACACGAAUUUUGAGUUUAAAAUUACAGAAAUUACCGGCAAAACAAUAUACGCUUUAGGAGCAGCCAAUUAUACCAGUAUUGCAAAUAAUAUAGACUCACUAGAAGCUAAAUUUAGCUAUGUCGACUUGGCAAGUGAAGAAAAGAGAUUUGAUCGCAGCUACAUACCAGUUAUAUAUUUCAAUAAACUACUAUUGGCAGUAUUGCAAGCGAGGUACAAAAAUUGGAAAUUUUGAUGAAAAAAAGGAUGAGCUGCUGUUAUUAACACGAAGUAAAAUGGCAUGUACUU